AUGUUACGUUUUAUUUCCCCAACAACAACUUGUGCAGAACUUUAUGCUGCUGUAGAGACAGCAUUCUUCUGCAGCAGCAGCAGCAGCAGCAGCAGCAGCAGCAGGGGUUCAAUUAUAGAUGAGGGUAUAGGUAUGACAGGAGGAGGAGGUCUAUCUUUAAUGGGGGCCCCUAUAGGUGGGGGGGCCCCCAUGGGUAUAUCAUCAUCAAUAGGGUCCUCUUCCCCAUCAGGUUCCUCCUCAUAUCAUGGGGGCCCCCAUGAUGGUGGUAUUAGUGGUGGGGGCCCCCUUGUAGGAGGUGGUGGUGGGGGCCCCCUUGGAGGCGUAGGAGGAGGAGGAGGCGGGGGCCCCUCUCCUAUAGGAGAAGAACCUAUUGCACAAAGAUCUAAAAUAACAGGAGUAUUUACUCAGGCAGUAGAGGCAAUAAAUAAAACAUUUAAUCAAGUAGAUGCAGGAAAUAACAGGAAAUGGAGGCUACAAGUGACAUAUCCUUUUGCCGCUGAGGAUAACGAGAGAAGUGUACUAGGACAAGGAGUAGCAUUUAUUAGGGAUAAAAUAAAUGGACAAUUAAAAGUUAUUCCUUUUGAUCAUCAUAAACUUGUUAUACAAUUUGUUAAACCUCCUAAGGAUCAACUUAUGGCACUUAUAUACUUGGAUAUAUCUGGCUUAGAUCAUUUGCCUGGCAUGUUGGGUAGCAGCAGCAGCAGUUUUGAGCAUCAGCAUCUAAGUAGCAGCAGCAGCAGCAGCAACAGCAGCAAUAGCAGCAGCAGCAACAACAGCAGCAACAACAGCAGCAGCAGCAGCAAUACACUAGUUAAUGGUAUUAUUUCCUUAGGCUCUCUUCGUCAAUGUUAUAAGAUUCAUCUUUCUGAUUGUUUGCAACAUUUUGCAGAAAAAGAAAUUCUUGAUCAAGAUAAUAUGUGGUAA